AUGGAUUUUUUUAUUAUAAUUUUAACAAUACUAUUUAUAUAUUUCUUAUUUGAUUAUAAUUUCUGCUCUAAAGGAUUAGUUUUUUAUAUAGGGAAUAAAUCUUUAAAAAUUCUUAAAAAAUGCAAUAAUAUAGAAAAAGCUUAUAGAAGUACAAUAUAUUUAAUGCAUCCUUUCUUUCAACAUAUGUUUGUUCACUUAUAUUAUUUUUAUUUAGAAAAAAAAAAAAAUUAUUUAAGCAAUUUAAUUUUUGAAAAAUUAGAAAAGAGUACAUAUAAUAGUAAUAGGAGUGAUGUUAGUAAUUUUUUAAUUAGAAUUAUUGAAAAGAUAAAAAAAUUUUUGUAUAUUAAAUUAUUAAAUAUAUUUUUUUUUAUUGUAGAAUAUACAAAUAUAUAUGAAAAUAUCAAUUUUAAUUCUUAUAUUAAUACAAGAGAAGUUUUAAAUAAUAACAGCUUUGGUACCAUAAUUAUUGACUAUUAUUUGCCUAAUGCUACAAUAAAAAAAAAGAAUGUUAAGAAUUGUAAUAAAUUAAACAAUUCUGAUAAAAUAGAUUUAUAUGAUUUAGUUAAUAUUAACAAGCAAAAAAAAAUCAAUUUAAUAUUAAUAGAUAAAAAAUGGAAACGUAUUUUAAAUAUAGAAAAAGUUGAUAAUGCUAAUGUUCAUUAUUUAUAUUUACAAGAUACCGUUUUGAUUCAGUAUCUUCAAUUUUCAUGCAUUCUUAAAAAUGGUCUAUUAAAAAAAUUAAAUGAUAGAAAUGAAAAGAAAAAAGUACAUGAUAUAAAAGAAAAAGAGAAAACUUCUAAGGAAGAAAAAGAAAAUAACAAACAGAAAAAUAUCACCAUAAUAAAUAAAGAAUCAAAAAAAGAAAUUAAGAGAAAUAAUGCAAAAAAAGAACAAGAAAAAGAUGAAAAACUAAAAAAUGGAACAAUUACUACGACCGAAUUAGAAAAAGAAAUAAAAUUAAAAAGUAAUAUAGUAACAAAUGAAGAAAUGAAAGAAAAUAUAAUAAUAAAAGAGAAAGAAUUAAAUGAAAAAUUAAAUGAGAAAGAAAAAGUUCAAAACAGUAAUAAUGUAAAAAAAACCAAAGAAAAUAUUAUUAAAGAUAAAUUAAAUAUAUAUCUUAAUCAACUGAAAUAUAAAAAUAUAAAAGGAAUUAUUGUUAUAGUACCUGAAGUAUUUUAUAACUACAUAAAUAUAAAGGAUAUGUCUAACAAAAUACCCUUAUAUUAUUUCUUAACAAAAGAUAUAAAAAUUGAUUCUCUUACAAUUAUAGCAAAAUUAUUGGGCUAUAUUUGUGUCCAUAUACAUAUAAAUGUUAAUUUUGGAUUAUCAAUUCCAUUUAUAUUUAGAACAAAAAAUACUAAUAUUUUUAAUAUAUCAAAUAAUUUUAAUAUUCAUGCAAACGAAAAUUACUUUAAUAUGCGUAAUAGAGAUAGUAGUAUGGAUAUAAAAAAAUCGGAAGAUUCAUCAUAUAUGAAUAAUUUAAAAAGCAGUUUUACUUCUGAAAACAAUAGAUAUGAGCAAGUAGGAUGCUCUUCUUCAUAUGCUAGUUAUAAUGAAAAAGAAAAAAUAAAUUUUAAUAAUAAAUUUUGUGAUGAUAAUAAUAUUUAUAAUUAUGAAAAUAUUAGCAAUAAUAGUUACAAAAAUGAUGUUUUUAAUGGAAAAUAUAACAAUGAAAGGUUUUACACAGAAGAAACAAAUAUUCCGUUAUUUUCGUCUCCUUUUUCGUUUUUUAGUGAUAACUAUAAUGAUUUAAAUAUAGCAAUGAAUCACUUUAGAACAAUUUUUAAAAAUUAUAAUUUUGUUUUUUUAAGUUUUAAUGAUGGUACUAAUGUUUUAUUAAAUUAUUUUUUAGAAAAAAUUUAUAAAAAAAAAAAAAAAACAGGGAUGGAUGAAAAUAUAAAUAAUCAAUUUAAUUUAAAUAAUGCUAAUGUAUAUAAAUAUCAUUUGCAGAAACAUAAAGAUAAUAAUGAUAUAAAAACGGAUUUAUGUGACAAUGUAAAUGAAAAAAAAAAUAAUUCAAAAACAUUUCAAUCAAAUAAAAGUGAAGAAGAAAAGGAUGAUAUUAAUAUGCAGAAUAAGAAUAACAUAAUGAAUUUAUUUUUCAAGGAUAAAAAAAAAGUAAAAGAAAAUAAGGAAAGAGAAAAAUAUAAAGAACUGAAAAAAAGUAAUGUUGAAACAGUAUUAUGUGAUAUAAAAAAGAAAGAAAAAAAGAUAUUAUGUAAUAUAUAUGAUAAAGAAGGAAAAAAAGAUAAAUUGGAUGAGAAAAAUUCAGAAGAUUCAAAUGCAAGCUAUGACGAAGUACGAAUAAUUAAUGAAGUAGUGAAUGAACAAAUUAAGAAUAAGGUAGAAGUGGGAGAAGAAGAAGAAGAAGAAGAAGAAGAAGAAGAAGAUGAUGAAGAUGAAGAUUACGAAGAAGAAAUUAAUGGAAGAAAAAAAGACGACGGAGAAGAAAAAGCGUAUGAAGAAGAAGAUUAUGUUGUUUAUGACAAUGAUUAUGAAGAAGAUAAUAAUGAUAAUGAAGAAAAUGAAGAUGGUGAUGAAGAAUACUUAGGGGAUGAGGAAAGAAAAGAUAUAAAUGAAAAAAAAAAAAGAGGAAAAGAAAAAAAAAAUGGUACAGAAAAAAAUAAAGAAAAGCACGAAAAGAAAAGAAGAAAAAAUAAUAAAGAAAAAUUGAAAAGAGAAGAAAUUGAAUCCUUUUUAAGUUUAUCAAAAUUUAAUAAUAUUUUUAAUAGGAGUAAAGAAAUUAUAUUAGAAAAAAAUAAUGAGGAAUAUAAAAAUAAAAUUAAGAAGAACGAAUCUAAAUUAUCCAAUUUGAAUAAAACAAAAAUAACAACAAAAAAGUUAGCUUCAAAUACAAAUAAAGAUUAUUCUAAUAAUAAAUAUACUAAUUUAAACUUAACUAAUUUUACACCAAUUAUUAAAAAGAAUGAAAAUAUUUGUGAAAAAAUUUCAGCUGAAAAUUUUAAAGAUAACAUAGAAGAAAAUAAAAUAAAAUCAAAUGACAAUUUUAUUGAAUAUUUGAAAAAUAAAAAAAUAAAAUUAAAUGUUUUAAAAAAAUUUGAAAGUAAAGAACUAAAAAUGAAGGAUGAUAUAGUAAAAGAUGCAUCAGGCUUUUCACAAAAAUUUCGAUAUAGUUUUUUUAAAAUAAAAAAUAAAUUUAAACAAAAUUUUAAUAAUUCAGAAAGCAAAAUAAUACAAGACAAGAAAAAUAUUGAAAGAGAUAAAAUGAUGAUUAAUUCUUUUAACAAAAACAAAAAUGGAAAAGGUUCUGAAGAAAAUAAUAGCACCUUAAUGGAUUCUCAUUUUGACGAUUAUAGAAAAAAACAUACAAAAGAACUAUGUAUUUUAAUUAACUUCUCAUAUAAUAAUAUGUUUGAUAUAUUUAAUUAUCCUGAUGAUUUUAUUGAAAAAAAAAAAAAAAAAUUCUUAAUAAUUCAUAAAAUUUUUUAUUCUUUAAAUAUAUUUUUUAAUUCAUUUUCAACUAUAAUAAAACAAAGAUAUUUUUUUUCUUGCACAAACGAAUUAACUAAAUUUCUAAAAAUAUCUUUAUUCUUUAAUUAUGAUGGUAAGUCAAUUAAUAAAAUUAAUAAUCAAAAUACUACGAAAUAUAAUAUUUUAUGUGAUAUUAAUAAAAGUUGUAGUACUUGUGAAAAGAAAUUAAGAUAUUUAAAAGAUCGUUACUGUGUAUCACAUAAUAAAGACAUUCAUUUAAAUAAUAUGAUUUAUAAUGAAAACAAUUGUAUUCUUAAUAAUUCAAAUAAUAUAAAAUUAGAGGGUGAUGUUCUUAAUAUACAUAAAUGUUACAAGAAUUCAGAAAAUUAUAAUAAAAAUGAUUCUAAUUAUACUCUUAGUUGUUAUAACAAUAAAAGCAAGGAUUAUAAUCAAAUUUAUAACAAAUGUAGUAAAAAUUUUAGUUAUAAUGUUAACAACUGUAAUAAUAAUAUUAAUAUUAAAAAUGAAUAUACCAAUAUGUGUAAUUAUUGUUAUAAAAAUAUUGUUAGUAGAUGUAAUAGUACAGAGGAAAACCAUGAGUAUGCUACUAAUGAUAAUAUUUAUAAAAAUCAUUCUAUUUUUUAUGAUAAUUAUUGUUUAACUGAUAUAAAUGAUAAAAUAAAUAGAAUAAAAUACAGAAGAAAAAGUGAUAAAAUAUAUAAUUUAUCUCUAAAUGAUGAAUAUUCAAUAAAAACUAAAAAGAAAGAAAAGAGAAAAAUAUUUUCCGAUAAAAAUAACGAAACAAAUUUAAAUAUUAUUCAUAGCAAGAGUAAUACACUAGAAGAUAAUUUAAAUAAUAGUAAUAUGACCUGUAACGAUAACAGUAACUAUAAUGAUAUCAAUAUAAGAAAUCUCAAAAAUAUAUUAUAUGAGGAUAAUUUUGAAAACAAAAUAAAAAUUCAUUUUAACAUUGAAAAAUUAUAUGAAAGAUGGAAUGUAUAUUUUGAAGAAAGCAAAUUACAUUUAAGUAUUCAAGAUUAUUUUCUUUUUAAUUUAUCAUUUAUAUAUAAUAUAUAUAAUUACUUAAUAUUAAUAUAUAUAUGUACAUAUUUUUGUGAAGAUAGUUACUUUAAUUUUUGUGAAAAUCAAAAAUUUUAUCAAUUUGUUAAGAAAGUUCAUGCACUUAAUAAAAAAAAAGAUUGUUGUUGGAACAUUAGGCAUAUAUGUGAUACAUCUAUCAUACCCAAUUUUCUUGAUUUUAAAGAUUACAAACUAUUAAAAGCUUUUUUUUUUUUGUUACAGAAUUCUUCUAAUAUGUUUAUCUCUAAAAAUAUAGAAUAUUUAAAUUUUCCUGCUGUCUUCAUUUUUUGUUCUGACUCAAAAAAUUUUAAUUUCAGUCAUUUAGAUAUUAUUAAAAUUUCAAAAAAUAACAAUAUUAUAUAUUUAUUAUACAAAAGAGGAAAUGAAGGUUUGUUCUUAUCAGGUUUAAAACCCUUCAUAUGGAUACAUAAAGUUCUUUUUGAUUUUGUUGAAUCUUUGUUUUUGUCUAGUUAUGAUAAUUAA